ACUACAAGUGAUGAAAUUGUAGGCCAGGCCUGGCGCUUGUGGCUCUUGCACACGACCGAACUUAGACAGGAUGUAUGAAGGUGGGAUGCUAUAAACCCAGGCGAAGCCCAGCGGCACCGGAAACCCCCUCGCUGCAUGCUAGCAGUCUGUGAUACAUGAUGUUCAGGACCACUGCUACUCUCGCCCGCGCGCCGUUCGUGUUCAGGAGGUCAUUCUCGACUGCGAGCCUGCCUCGGCCACGACCCCUCGCGUUCGCACCAACGACUCUCAGGACUCCAACAAGCUUGCUCCAGCGUCAACUAAUCGUCCGAGGGGUCGCAAGCUCCGUGUCCAACAAGCCGGGCUCGCAGACUGUAAGACAGGCGGCGGUGAACAUCAAGGAGGAGCUGGGGAACUCGGGUGCGGACUUCGCCAAGUCGGUCGCGGGCGCGAACUGGUUCCAUGAUGCUGUGGUGGCCAACCCGAAGCGCGACACAUUCUUGGGCAUCACGAACUCAGUCGCACAGUCGGUGCCGCCUGCGUACAUCACCUUUGGUUUGUUCGGCGGACUGCCGUACCUCGGUACAGGUGCCGUCACGAUCUAUAUGGCCCAACAGGCUGGGACCGCGUUGUCAGACCUCACGUCGCGCAUUGACCCCGGCGUCGCAAUCACCAUGCUUGAUCAUGCCCUACACAUCCAGAUGACCUACGGCGCAGUCAUGCUGUCAUUCCUCGGCGCUAUUCACUGGGGCCUGGAAUUCGCGGGAUACGGCGGACAGAAGAGCUACCGUCGCCUCGUCUUGGGCGCAUGCCCCGUCGUCUUCGGGUGGUCGACACUCGCGCUGCAGCCCGUCGAGGCGCUGAUCGCGCAAUGGGUCGCGUUCACCUGGCUGUGGUGGGCGGAUCUACGAGCCACGAACGCGGGCUGGGCCCCGGGGUGGUACUCGCAGUAUCGCUUCUACUUGACCCUUCUCGCCGGGACGUGCAUCAUCGGUACCCUCGCUGCGACGAGCUACUGGGGCCCGGUGGGCGGCCACGGGCUUGUCAGCCAUGAUCUGCAUAUGAUCCGGGCACUCCGCCAGAAGCAGGAUCCAGAGAGCGCAGGCUUCGUGGCUGGCGAGAUCGAGAGUGUGUCGCAUGACGGAGACGCGUAUGUGCUCGUGAGGAGACGCCGCGCGCCGCAGCCAGAGGAUGGAGGAGAGCAGGAGGCCGAGGAGCAGUGAGGUAGCCGUCUGAGUCGCGGUGCACCGUCAAACGGUCUUGUAAUGUUGAUAUUGAGGUUGUGAGUGAUGUAAGACGU